AUUAAAGAUUUCUAUGACCUAUAACGUGGUUAAUGCUUGGCGCUGUUCGCAAUCACCCGUCCUUUUUCGUGUUUCAGGUUUGAAGUCAGAAUGGGUCGAGUUAUCAGGUCCCAGCGAAAGGGUCCUGGAUCCAUCUUCAAAGCUCAUACUACUCACCGCAAGGGAGCAGCUAAACUGCGUUCUGUUGAUUUUGCAGAAAGGCAUGGAUACAUUAAAGGUAUAAUCAAGGAUAUUGUCCAUGAUCCCGGUCGUGGCGCACCUUUGGUGAAAGUUCAAUUCCAGGAUCCAUACAAAUACAGACGCAGGUUGGAAACAUUUGUGGCUGUUGAGGGAAACUUUACUGGUCAAUCCAUCUACUGUGGCAAAAAAGCACAGCUCACCAUUGGAAAUGUUCUGCCUGUUGGAAUUCUUCCAGAAGGAACAGUUGUUUGUGGUUUGGAAGAAAAAACUGGUGAUCGUGGCAAACUCGCAAAAACCUCUGGAAAUUAUGCAACCAUCAUUGCCCACAAUCCAGACACAAACAGAACAAGAGUGAAGUUGCCAUCUGGUGCAAAGAAACUGAUUCCAUCAACCAACCGGGCAAUCAUAGGAGUUGUUGCUGGUGGAGGUCGUAUUGACAAACCACUUUUGAAAGCAGGAGCUGCCUAUCACAAAUAUAAAGCAAAGCGUAACUGCUGGCCAAGAGUGCGUGGUGUAGCCAUGAACCCUGUUGAGCAUCCAUUUGGUGGUGGUAACCAUCAACAUAUUGGUUCACCAUCCACAGUUCGCCGUGAUGCUUCUCCUGGUAGAAAAGUCGGUCUUAUUGCUGCAAGAAGAACCGGUCGAUUGCGAGGAUCCAGAGUGUCAAAAGACAAAGAAUAAUCAAUUUUUGUCGCUUGAUAAUAAAACAAUACAAGAGAUGGA